GGUCUCUACUUCAACAUCCUUACUCAGAGCCAUUGGUCUUUUCAAAGAAAGAAAACUAAAAAGCAAAAUUCUCUAACAGACUUCCCUGCUUUCUGAAACAUUAGCUGCUAAUCACAUCAUUGUUGCGGCAACUAAGUCAUGGAUACAAUACAGCGUCUGGUACAGGACAAACCACUGGUUAUCUUCAGCAAAACCUCCUGUUGCAUGAGUCAUUCCAUGAAACAACUGAUAACCAGCUACGGAGCAAACCCAGUAGUAUAUGAGCUAGAUGAGCUUCCUAAUGGAAGGGAAAUAGACCGAGCACUACAAAAGCUUGGAUGUAAGCCAGGAGUACCAGCUGCAUUUAUAGGCCAAAAGCUCAUAGGAGGGGCUAAAGACAUCAUAAGCCUCCAGGUCCAAGGCAAACUCGUGCCUAUGCUGAUGGAGGCCGGUGCCAUUUGGAUUUGGAACAGAACCAAUUAACUAUUCCACCAAUCGGUUAGAGGCUUAGAGCCAAGAAAGGACAAAUCCUUUUUUUUCUUUCCUUUCUUGAUGCACCGUCUUUCACUUGUUCUUCACUUACAUGACAUAUAGAUAAAAAGAUGAGAAAAUAGGAGGUGAGUUGCAGAAAGAAAACAGCAUAAAGACCAAGGUUGCAGCUGAAUCACCAGUGCACGGCUUUUUGUACAAUGGAAAAAGAUUGUUAAGAAAUUUUGACAAUUUUAUCCUGUUUGGAAAAUGAGAUGUUUCAAUAAUAUGCUUGGUAUUUCUAAUGGCUCAAACCCCCAUCCCCCCUCCCCUCACACACACACAAACACAAACACAAAUACAAAAUAUACAGCCAUAUUGUCAUAAUUGAAAUAAAUAAAUAAAUAUAUAGAUACAACUGUUUUGCUAUGGGCUACACAAAAUAGAAAUAAAACAACUGAUACAUGAACUAUAACACUUGGAGACAAGAAUUUCACAGCCAGAAGCAUAAAAGAACAGAAAACUCCAUAAAUGAACAAAGCCCAUGGAAUAAGUCUUGCUUCUCUUGGAUGAACUGAAAUUUUUGAAACAAAAGAAUAGUAGGGUACCUAUAGUUGAAAAAAAACAAACUACAGAAAAUCUUGUUAUUAAUAGCAAUCAAUGUCACUUCAUUGGGCUUCACCCCACUACCCUAAGAAAACUCAAAUAUCAUUUUCCUGAAAACUUUAAGUGAUACUUCCUCUCCUUUCCUGUGCAUACCCUUAGCAGCGAUAAGCAUAUUACAUGUUAUCACAUUCUUCAUUGGCAUAUGAUCAAAUAUUGUUUUGAUAAUGUCAAGCACUCACAUUUUGCAUAUAUGUCUACAAGCGCACCUCCCACAGCAACUCUAAUGCCUUAACUUUCUUAUGGCAUAAAAGUGUAUCUCUUUCCCUUAAGCCAGUGCCGACAAGAAGCACAAAAAGGAAGGUUUCCAUGAGAAAUCGAAUCAGCUCUACAAUUCUCAUUUUCGUGUUCGCCAUUGUCCUUUUAAAGUCGUUGCUUCACAUGAAGGACUAGAAGAGCCUCAUUGUUGCAUUACACAAACAGAAGCAGUUAUCGUUGUGUUCCAUGAGACAAUACCCUCGUGCUCAAAGCUAUCAAAAAUAUUCCGGAAAUUUCAAUCUUUUCCUAGAAUACACAUCCAGAAAAGCAUUUUGUACAUACGUGUCUCUACCGGUCGAGGAACCAACUGAACCAAGAGCUUAAGCUUAUGGUUACAGCCCCAUAAUGUGCAAGUAUUCCAUCACUUACAAAGCCAAAAUGAGCACAAAACCAUUAAUACCUUUGCUGUCUCCGACAAUUCUACAAUGAACUCUUGAUGUUGAAACACUUGACAUAUAGAUGGAAAUCAGGGAGAGCCCCACAACUUUCUAGCAUCUCAAUGAGAAGUUCCAAUGCUUCCUCAAAACGUCCAUUUAUCACAUGAACAACUAGCAUAGCAUUCCAAAUAGCUAUGAUCCUCAUUUGAGCAUCAUCAAAAACUUGAUGACCACUAAAAUCCUGAUUUCAAUUGCAAUACAUGUCAAUCAAAGGACUAAACACAAAAGCAUUUCAGUAAUGUCUUUAUUUCUCAUCACAUAAGCAUAAAUUUCUUUUCCUAAACUCCAUAACUCCAAAUGGGAGCAAGUUGGUAAAACACUUGAUACUGUUACUCAUCAAGCUUAACCUCCUUACAAACCAUAAAUAUCAAAAACACUAACAGUACAUUUGGUUGUCACUAUUAAAUGGCAGAAAUGGUAAUUAAAAGUUAGCAUAAUUUGAUAGGAAAAUCUCUUAAUAAG